CCAUGUUUUAAACCUGCUGUCUGUGCUUGUCCUCUUACAGAGAUACUGCCAAAAUGUGGAUCCAAGUGCGUACCAUGGAUGGGAAGGAAACUCAUCGAAUGGACUCCCUUUCCAAGUUGACAAAAGUGGAGGAUCUCCGGGAAAGGGUUUAUAAAGUGUUCAGAGUGGCACCGGAUAGACAAAGGCUCUUCUACAGAGGCAAACAGAUGGAGGAUGGCCAUUCCCUUUUUGAUUACAAUGUUGGCUUAAACGAUAUUGUUCAGCUGCUGGUCAGACAGAGCCCCAGCGUUCUGCCUCUGGCCAGCAAAGAAAAGGACUCCGAACUUUCAGACACGGAUUCUGGCUGCGGCUCUGGGCAAAGCGAGUCUGACAAGAGUUCCAAUAAUGGGGAAGGGGCUUUGGAGAUGGAGGGGCAGCCAAGCACAUCUGCUCAGGCUGACCUGGUGAACUUGGUGGACCCAGGAUUUGGAUACUACAAGAUCAAUGAGCUGGUGGAUGCUCGUGAUACGAGCAUGGGGGCCUGGUUCGAAGCACAGGUUGUAAAUGUGACUCUGAAAGAGAAGACGACCGGCAAGGUGAACGAGAGCGAUGAGGAAUCUGCGCUUCCGGAAGCUGUUGCCAAAGAGGAUGUUAUAUAUCAUGUGAAAUAUGAAGACUACCCAGAGAAUGGUGUCAUCCAGCUGAGCUCCAAAGAUGUGCGUGCUCGUGCCAGGACAAUUCUGAAGUGGGAGGAACUUGAAAUAGGAGAUUAUGUCAUGUUGAAUUACAACCCGGAUGAUCCAAAAGAGAGGGGAUUUUGGUACGAUGCCAAGAUCCUACAAAAACGUGAAACCCGAACAUACAAGGAGUUGUAUGCCAAGAUAGUUCUUGGUAAUUCUGGAAAUACUUUAAAUGACUGUCGAAUUACCCUUGUGGAUGAGAUCUACAAGAUUGAAAAACCUGGAUGCGCUGUCCCACUAACUGCUGACAGCCCAAUGAAAAGGCAGAGCGGACCAGUGUGUAAGCACUGCAAGGACAAUCAUAACAAGCCCUGCCGGAUGUGCGCCUGUUAUGUGUGUGGCGGGAAAGAGAGCCCCGAGAAGCAGCUGAUGUGUGACGAGUGUGACAUGGCUUUCCACAUCUAUUGUCUUAACCCUCCUCUUAGCAGGAUACCUGAUGAUGAUGACUGGUACUGCCCUGAGUGUCGGAAUGAUGCGAGCGAGGUGGUGUUGGCUGGGGAGAAGCUGAAAGAAAGCAAAAAGAAAGCUAAGAUGGCAUCUGCCAACUCAUCCUCUCAGCGGGACUGGGGCAAGGGCAUGGCAUGUGUGGGACGCUCAAGAGAAUGUACCAUUGUCCCGUCAAAUCAUUAUGGACCAAUCCCUGGGGUUCCUGUUGGCACCAUGUGGAAGUUCAGAGUCCAGGUGAGCGAAUCUGGUGUCCACAGGCCACACGUGGCAGGUAUCCAUGGAAGAAGCAACGAUGGUGCUUAUUCUCUGGUCCUGGCAGGAGGCUAUGAAGAUGACAUAGAUCAUGGGAAUUCGUUCACUUACACUGGGAGUGGAGGCCGUGACCUUUCUGGAAACAAGCGAACAGCUGAACAGUCUUGUGAUCAGAAGCUCACCAACAUGAACAGGGCUCUAGCGCUGAACUGCAGUGCUCCAAUCAAUGAUAAGGAGGGGGCGGAGGCGAAGGACUGGAGAUCUGGGAGGCCAGUCAGAGUGGUGCGGAACGCGAAGGGGGGCAGACACAGCAAAUAUGCCCCUGACGAGGGGAACAGAUACGAUGGCAUAUACAAGGUUGUGAAGUACUGGCCUGAAACAGGGAAAUCUGGGUUCCUAGUGUGGCGUUAUCUUCUCAGGAGAGAUGAUGAGGAGCCAGCCCCCUGGACCCGAGAAGGAAAAGAGAGGAUGAAGAAACUUGGGCUGACCAUGCAGUAUCCUGAAGGCUAUCUAGAAGCUGUUGCAAAUAAAGAUAAAGAAAAUGACAGUAUAGUUGAAGAAGAAUUUGAAACUCCAGACAAAGGAAAGAGGAAAAGAAAAUCUGCAAAUGGGACACAGCUCUCUGAGUCUCCAGCCACCACACCAAAGAAGACUAAAGUGGAGGCUUACAAACUUACUCCCCAGCAGAAAGCUGGGAUUAAAGCCGACAAAGCUAAUGCCAAGCUAUGGGAUGAAGCUCUGGAAGCCCUCAAGGAUGGACCGAAAUUCCUGAAGAAAGUGGAAGAAACAUUUUUGUGCAUUUGCUGUCAGGAGGUGGUGUUUCAGCCAAUCACAACUGUGUGUCAACACAAUGUAUGCAAGGACUGCCUGGACAGAUCCUUCCGAGCAGAAGUCUACAGCUGCCCAGCAUGUCGUAACGAUCUUGGCAAAAACUACACAAUGGAAGUUAACGAAAUGCUGCAGACUCUCCUAAAUCAGCUCUUCCCAGGGUACGGCAAUGGACGGUGAUUCCAAAAAAGCACUUCUCAUUUCCUGUGCUCCCCCUUUCAAAAAACUUUUAAAUGGUGUUUUGGUGGGGCUUUAUUUAAAUAGCUUUUUCAGAAAAGCUUCUGUCCCCAUUGCCCCCUGUCUGCCCCUGCCAAAAAUAAAGGAACCUAUUUGUGUAUUUUUGUGUGAAUGCGUUCUUGGCUAAAGAAAAAAAAUGUUAAAACCUUGAUAGGAGCAGAUUUUAGGGAAUUACAAACUGUUUGUUGUGUAUGUGCUACAAGGUAGGACAAUAGUUUCUAAAGGGGUGGUGUUUGCUCUCUUUUUAAAAAAACAAAAACAAACCACCCCAGUUACCUGGCUUGCUUGCUAGAACAAUCUGUUGGAGCCUAUGGAUUUUGGCCAUAAAUUUUUAUUUUUAAGACUUUUCUGGCAGCAUUUUUGAUAUUUUUUUGUGUGAAUUGACUUUUCUGCCUAGGGCUUUGCCACCCAGGUAAUUUGAGAACUCCCUAUUUCCCCCUCAUUUUGUAUCAACUGUUGAAACCUUUUCUCUAUCGCUUAAGGGCUUUUGUGUAAAAGUUAAAAGUUAUUACCUCGGUCUCUGCAUACCUACCAAGCCAGGUGCUCCCGCCUCCUCCCUGGAGUGUCAUAUGGGGAAACAAAUGAAAGCCAUUUGGAAGUGCCUUUUUGGGUCCGUUUUAUUUUUGCUGAAAGACUGAGCUUUGAUCUUUAAAAAAAAAAGGAAAAAAAAGAGAAAGCACUGAAAUUUUUAUCAACACCAACAAGAUGUUGUUUUUGUGAUUAUGAAAUGGAAUGCUGUAGCUCCUCUAGAUCAUUAAUGUGGCAUCCAGCUGUGUAAUUUUUCUACUACCACGUUUUUGCUAAUUCUGAAUCUUGUUCUUAGACAUGUAACUAGUAUCUUGUUUUUAAAUGGAAAUACUUGGUUUGUACAAGAGGGUGGGAGUGAAUCAGUCUUGCCUCAACAGUACAAAAACUCAGCAGCUCAAUACCUCAGGAUAUAACAGGGAUGAUCAUUAGAAUCACUUUUCACAUUGGACAGACUGGAACAAACUUUUUUCCAACAGAUAUGCUUUAGUCUUUUUUACAAAAUGUAUCAUAUUGUUUGAGAAAGUAACUUUUAGAGUUGCUGAAUGUUGCCACACUUUUGUAUAAUGUGCAAACUGAAGUUCUCAAAAUAAAAACUUUUUCAUAUGAAAGAAA